CACCUCGUCGACACGUCUUUCGCUUCAUUCAAACACACGACGACUCACACAAUGGUAAGUCGCUGCUUUCCCCAACUUUUCCUCUCGCAUAUCCCACAACCGCACCGCCGAACGUCCUCCAAAUCACCCAAGAGCGAGAUAUGCGAGGAGACAAUGCGAGAGCUGGAGCAGCCCGCCGCAGCGCAUUUGUACUCCGACAGCAUAUGCUGCUCGCAACGACGACCUCCUCUUAUCCAACACCCUCUCUUUGAACACCACCAUCCUGCAUCCCUCUCCACCACUCCCACCCAAACACAUGUCCCUCCCCCGCCACCACCAACUCUACUCCUCCUCCAACAAAGAAAAAGAACACACAAUGAAUAACCACAACACGCAGGCCUCGACCAACUACCGCGAAGCCUUCCAGCUCUUCGACAAGCGGGGCAACGGGCGCGUCGAGCGCGGCGCCCUGGGCGACCUCCUGCGCGCCUGCGGGCAGAACCCGACGUUGGCGGAGAUUGCGGAUUUGGAGCGCGGGGUCGGUGUUGAUUUCGACUUCGACACCUUCUCCAAGAUCCUUAACCGCCCGGGGGGCUUCCGCGAACCCUUCGACAUCGAAGAAUACAUCCGCGGCUUCCAGGUCUUCGACAAGGACCGCAGCGGCUUCGUCGGAAAGGGGCAGAUCAAAUACAUAUUGACGAAUCUGGGCGAGAAGAUGAGCGAGGAGGAGGUCGAGGAGUUGUUCAAGAGCACCAUCGAUGGCGGGAAUGAUGAGGUGGAUUAUAGAGAGUUCGUCAAGACGAUUGCGGAGAACUAGGUUCGGCGACCUUAUCGGGUCGAGGGCUUCGGAUAUCCAACCUUUGGACACGGCGCGAAUGCGGAAUACGGGCAUGCUCUAGGCGUUUUGGGGGG